AUGGACUCCUUCACUACCGACAAGACUAUGUUAACACACCUGAUCCUGCUGAGCCUGGUGAUUGGGAGCAGCCAGGGGUGCUACUGUGAACAUUACCCAUGGGGGUCGUGGUCUGCCUGUUCACAAACCUGCAAUUAUGGCACACAGACCAGGCACAGGCAAUUAAGAAUGGAUGAAUAUUAUACCCAAAACUUCUGUGACCGGCUGUGCACAAAGCAAGAAUCUCGUGCAUGUAACCAGCAAGCAUGUCCUAUCAACUGUCAGCUUGGAGACUUUGGCCCUUGGUCAGAAUGUGACCCAUGCAUUAAAAAGCAAUUUCGUGUCCGGACACUCCUGCGACCAUCCCAGUUUGGAGGUCAGGACUGUACUGAGCCGCUGGUGGAUUCCCGCCCAUGCUUCCCAACUAAGCUCUGCAACAUAGUGGAACUUGAUUGCAAGAAUAAAUUUCAGUGUGAAAGUGGUCGCUGUAUUGCAAAAAAAUUGGAAUGUAAUGGAGAAAAUGACUGCGGGGACAACUCUGAUGAAAGAAAUUGUGGGAGGAAAAAGACCGUGUGUAACAGAAAGUAUGACAGCAUCCCAGGUGUGCAGUUAAUAGGCAGUGGAUUUCACAUUCUGGCAGGAGAGAGCCGAGGGGAAGUCCUUGGCAACUCAUUCAAUGGAGGACGAUGCACAACAGUGAAGCGCAACGAGACAAGAAAUUUGUACCGUGUUCCUGCGAACCUGGAGGCUGUCAGCUUUCAGGUAAUAGAUGAAGAGGAUGGUGCAACAUCACAUUUCUACAGAGAUUUAACUUCCCUGAGUGAUAGUGCUGAUAGGAGUCAUUCAUCCAGUAGUGGUCAUCAAAAGUUUUCUGGUAUCCCAUUGUUAUUCUCAACGAAGUCACGGGCUGCAAGCACAUCGUCUUCCUCCUUCAAGAAAGCCAUUGAAGCCUCACAUGAAAAGAAUUCCAACUUUAUUAGAGUCCAUAAAGUCAUUUCUGUUGCAAACUUCACAAUGAAACAGUCAGAUCUGCAACUCUCAGACGUCUUUUUAAAAGCUCUUAACCACUUACCCCUGGAGUACAACUAUGCUUUAUACAGCAGAAUAUUUGAUGACUUUGGCACUCAUUACUACACCUCUGGGAAGCUGGGUGGUUCCUAUGACAUGCUUUACCAGUACAGCUCUGAGGAACUGAAGAACUCAGGCCUGACAGUGGAUGAAUCAAAGGAGUGUGUCCGAAGAGAAACAACAACACGCGUGUUUUUCUUCAUAAAGGUGAAGAAAGUCCAUACCAGAUGCACCACAAACAGGAUGACUGUGAAACAUGAAGGUUCCAUUUUGGAGUCAGCUGAACGGUCAUUCUCCUUGGUAAAAGGUGGCAGGUCAGAGUUUGCAGCAGCUCUGGCCUGGGAGAAAAAGGGGGCUUUUCCAGAACACCCAGUCUUCACAAACUGGCUGGCAUCAACAAAGGACAAUCCCGUGGUGAUUGACUUUGAGGUGUCGUCCAUCAUAGAUUUGGUAAAGAACGUGCCAUGUGCUGUGACCAAACGUCGCAACCUGAGAAGAGCCCUGAGAGAAUAUGCGGGCAGGUUUGAUCCUUGCCAGUGUGCCCCAUGCCCCAACAAUGGCAGGCCUGUGCUUUCCGGGACAGAGUGCCUCUGCCUGUGCCAGGCUGGCACCUACGGCAAAAACUGUGAGACACGAGCUCCGGGUUACAAUUCAGUUGCUGUAGAUGGCCGCUGGGGUUGCUGGUCUGAAUGGAGUUCAUGUGAUGCUUCCUUCAAAACAAGAAGGACCCGGGAGUGUAAUAACCCCUCCCCGAUGAAUGGUGGGAAGCCCUGUGAAGGUGAACGGGAACAGGAGGAGGACUGUUAUGUCUCUGUGUUCACAGACAGAGGUGCUCCUUGUAUAAAUGAUGAUGAAGACAGGAGAGAAGAGGAUGUCUUGAUUGAUGAACCUGAGUCUGGAUGCUCCAGGCCAGACCCACCAGAAAAUGGCUUUAUCAGGAAUGAAAAGAACCAGUAUGCUGUGGGGGAAGAAGCAGAAAUUGCCUGUGUGAGUGGUCAUGUCCUCAGUGGCUAUCAAUUCCUUUGGUGCCUGCCAGAUCAAACCUGGACGCAGCAACUCAUUGAAUGUCAACCCUCGGUAUGCCUCAAGCCACCAACAUCUGACCGUGUCACAAUUUCCCCAUUUAAGCAACAGUACAACAUUGGUGAAACCAUGAAGCUGAGCUGCCAACCUGGAUUUAUAGUCACUGGUCAAACAAAGUAUACCUGUGGGAAAGACCUGUCCUGGGUACCUCCUAUUUUGAGAUCUAUUACAUGUGAAAAAGAUGUGCAAAUUAAAGUUAGAGGUGCUUGCAAUCUAGGACAAAAGCAGGUUGGAUCACAGUGUGUUUGUAUGUCUCCAGAAGAAGCUUGUGGCCACUAUUCAGAAGACAUCUGUGUGCUACAUGCUGUUUCUGAACAGAAUGUGACCAAGCCCAGCUGUCAGUAUUCAGCUGAAAUGUGCCUUGGAGAGCAGUCAUUUCAUUUCUUGCAUGCUGGCCCUUGUCAUGGUGAUUCCAACGUAGACUGGGCUAUUGAAAGGGCAAAGCUCUCUACAAAUAGCUUGAAGAAAGUGCCCUGUGGCUAUGACACCUGCUAUGACUGGGAGGAGUGUUCAGAGACACAGACCCAGUGCUCCUGUCUGAUGCCUUACCAGUGCCCCAAAGAAGAGAGCCGCCCUCACUGCAUCCGAAUGGAGUCAACAGGGAGGAAGAGGGCAGUCAGUCAUUGCACACUGGCAACGAUGAAGUGUGCUGGCAUCAAACUGGAAGUGCUGGAGCAGGGAAGCUGCCUGGCAUAA